AUGAAGAGCCAGUGCGCGGAAGAAGAACAUGGUGAAAACGAAGCAACAGAAAGGAGGCAGCGAACAUGUGAGCCAACAGAACGAACUCGGCUGCUGCCACAAGGGGUAUACUUGGAUCCCGAUGACCCAGGUGUGUCUCCGUACAAUCUCUGGAGUGUCCGGGCUCUACGAAGCCUCAACAUCCUCUUCCUGAUAAUAACCCUUAUCUGGUGGAUUGUGCUGCUCGCGUCAACUUUCGUCAGUCCGCCGGGGAUGAACAGCCGCGGUCCAGGUUUCCUCGAUUUCUUCUUUGCCACCUUGACCAUGGGCAACCUGCUAAUUGCCCUGAUAUUCUUCUCCGUCCCGUCGAGGCCCAUGACCAUAUGGGGCGCCGUCCUCUCCCUCUUCCUAGCAGUCAACCUGUUCAUCAUCGUCGGCGUGCGCCGUCUCCGCAUCGAGGAGGGAUGGGUGGGGAUUGCCUCCGCCACAUGGGCGACAGUGGUUAGCCUUUAUUUAUUAGCCCAGACCCGCUUCGUGGCAUGGGGCAAGCGGGAGGAGGAAGAGCGCUUGACGGGCAGGGAAGAGACGCGGCGAACGCUUCGAGAAUGGUUUGCCGUCCUGCUUGAGACGAUCGUCGUGACCGUCACGGCCCUCGCGACCGUGCUGCUCAUGGCCACUUUGAGCGUGCGCGCGAAAGAUGCCGGCCUCCCCGCCCCCGGCAAUAAAUAUUACGUCGAUAACGGCAAAUAUCAAAUCCACCUGGAUUGCGUUGGCGCAGCCCCCUCAAUGGCGGCGAACAAACGCAGCGCAACAGUCCUCCUGGAAGCCGGCGAAAUGCCAGUCGAAGACAGCUUUCGCAGCUGGGUACACGAGGCGUUUCGCAAUGGCUCCAUUGACCGAUACUGCUACUGGGACAGACCCGGCAUUGGGUGGUCUGACAAUGCCCCAUCUCCACACUCUGCGGGCAUGUCUGCCGACGUCCUAUCCGAAACCCUCGCGCUCGCAGACAUAAAAGGCUCAUGGGGUCGUCGUAUCCGCUGGCAGCUUGGCAAGCCGGGUCGCGGCUUCAAGCUCUGGCUACGUGGGAUAUUCUCCCCACUUGGACUGGAUAGUUUGGCCGGGGCGAUAUUCAAGGGCCGCACGAGGGAAGACCGUGUGUAUGGUAAAGUGGCGUACCAAAAUGGCAAAUUCAUCAAAGCGAAGUUGCAAGAGAACCUUGUUGCAGAUUCGACGACGAAGAGCGAGAUUUCCAGCGCGAAGAACAUUCAGUCUCCGUCUAUGCAGUUGGUUGUUGUCAGUUCUGGUAUUGAGGUGAGAAGUAACCAGAAGUGGGCAGAUAAGCAAAAGGAGCUUACCAAUAUCACUGAUAAUUUGGUGGCGUGGGAUAUUGUCAAAAAUGCACCACAUGAGGUUUGGCGAACGGAUAACGGGAAAGCUUUGCUUGGAGAUAGGUUAAAGAAGUUGGUCAAACCGUGA